AUGACAGCGCGUCACUCAAUUAUCGUUGAAUUUAUGGAAACGUUGGAGCAAAGAGUAUCUUGGGCAUUUGCAAGAGAGGGGACGAAAGGUAUAAGGACAGGGAUAUUAGAGCAGCANGUCGAAAGGUAUAAGGACAGGGAUAUUAGAGCAGCAACCUUUAGAGCAGUAGCGCAAUGUGUUGUAAUGGGGUUCGAUGCUAUGAACAACAACGAUCAAAAAGAUGCAACUGCUCAAUUACACGAACAAGUGUUGUUGUCAACAGUAGAAGCUUAUGCAGGUAAUGUUAAAGGUGGAAAAGAAAAAUGUAGAAUUUUGUUGGGUUCUGGUUCACAGUGUAACUUUAUAAGUGAAUAUAUGGUACAAUUAUUAAGGUUGCGUAAAUCGCGAGUACACCACAGUGUCAUUGGCAUAGGAGGUACUAAAAAAAAUAUUACUUCAGCGGUUACAGUAGUAAUUACAUCGCGCAUUAGUUUAUUCAAAAUAGAAGUACAAUGUUUGGUUGUUCCUAAGAUAACAGGAUUUAUUCCGUCGAAUAAUAUAAAAAGUAAAUGUUUUAUUCCGGAAGGUAUUCAAUUAGCGGAUCCGUCUUUCACAGUACCGCAAAAAAUAGACUUAUUACUCGGAGCAGGUCACUUUUUUGAUGUUUUAUGCGCGGGUAAAAUUAAACCGUCCGAGGACGGACCAAUAUUUCAACAAACGCAGUUUGGUUGGGUAAUUGCAGGAGUAGUAAAUCCGGGCUGUAGUCAAGCGUAUCAUUCUAUUAGUUAUUCGGCAGUGAUUGAUCACGAAAAUCAAUUAGAAAAUAUGUUAUCUAAAUUUUGGUGUUUGGAAGAAGUAGGAACAGCCGCGCCUCUAACGUUAGAAGAUAAAAAAUGUAAAGAGUUUUUCAAAAAUACGGUUAAGCGAGACGAUGUCGGUAGAUUUAUGGUUUAUUUACCUUUUAAAGAAGGGGAAAAUUAUAAAUUAGGCGAAUCAUACGAGAUAGCAAAAAAGAGAUAUUUUAAUAUGGAAAGAAAGUUGCAAAAAGACGAAAAGUUAAAAGAGGAAUAUAGUAAAUUUAUGAAAGAAUACGAAAUAUUGGGUCAUAUGCAGAAAAUUAGUGAAAAGAAACCCAUAGUUGGGGAACAUAUAUGUUACUUACCGCACCACACUGUAUAUAAUUAUAAUAGCACAACAACACGACUUUGUGUGGUAUUCGAUGAGUCGUGUAAAACGUCAUCUGGUAAGUCACUGAAUGACGUACUAUUAAAAGGUCCCGUCUUACAAGACGAUAUGAUUUUUAUUUUAAUACGUUUUAGAAAACAUAGAGUUGCUUUAACUGCAGAUAUAAAAAAAAUGUAUCGACAAAUUAAUUUAACUUCUGAACAUUGUGAUUAUCAAAGAAUAUUGUGGAGAGAAAAUCCAACAAUGCCCAUAGGAACUUAUAAAUUAACAACAGUCACAUAUGGUAUGAGUCCUUCGUCGUUUUUAGCAACUGCUUGUUUACGUACUUUAGCUAGUCAGGAAGAAAAUUAUUAUCCAUCAGCUUGUUCUGAAAUAAAAAAUAAUUUUUACAUGGACGACUAUUUAGGAGGCACAGACACUAUCGAAUCAGCUGUUCAGUUACGCGACGAUCUUAUCUGUAUAUUUCAACGAGCCGGUAUGUCGCUGUGUAAGUGGUUAUCUAAUAAAAACACAGUUGUAGACGACAUGGUUGAAAAUAAAAAUAACGAACGUGCAUUUGAAUCAACGAUAACAAAAAUACUUGGUCUAACGUGGGACCCCGCUAAUGAUAUGUUUAUAUUUAAAAUAAAUUUAAACAUUUACCCGGAAAGUGAUUUAACUAAAAGGAAAAUAUUAUCUGAGGUAGCCAGUAUUUAUGACCCGCUUGGUCUUUUAGGACCUGUAAUAAUAAGAGCAAAACUCUUCAUUCAAAGUUUAUGGAACAUAAAAUUAGCGUGGGAUGAAGUAUUAACUAAUAAUAUAAUGCCACGAAAAAUAACGUGUGAAAAAGAUAUUUCGUCAAUAGAAAUACACGGUUUUUCGGACGCAUCAGAAAAGGCAUAUGGUGGAUGUAUAUACUUACGAUGCACCGAUAUAGAUGGUAAACAUAGUUUAAGGCUUAUUUGUGGGAAAUCAAAAGUAGCUCCAUUAAAAGUAAUUUCUAUACCCAGAUUAGAACUAUGCGCAGCGUUAUUACUCGCACGGUUAUCUUAUAAUGUUAUGGAAAAGUUAAAAUUAAAUAUUAUAAAAAAGUACUUUUGGACGAACUCAAAUAUAGUUUUGGCGUGGAUAUCUUCUCCAUCCACAAAUUGGAAGACAUUCGUUGCUCACCGAGUUGGUGAAAUUCAGAAUUUAUCUUGUCCAUCAGAAUGGGCUCAUGUACGGUCUCAGGAUAAUCCAGCCGACUUACUUUCUAGAGGAUGUGAAGCGAAGUUGUUGAAUGAGAUGCAGUUAUGGUGGCAAGGACCGUCUUGGUUGAGUAAGGAUAAAACGGAAUGGCCAAGUCAAAAUAAUGGAGUAUUAGAAAUUUCAAGCGAUAUGUUGGAAAGAAAAAGUACAACUAAAUUUAUUGGUAAUGUAAUAGAAGAAGCUAAUUUGUUAGACAAAUUUUCAUCUUUAAAUAAAAUUUUACGUAUUAUGGCUUAUUGUUUAAGAUUUAUAGAUAUUAGAGUACAUAAAAAAUUGUUUAAAACAAGUGUUAUAAAUGCAGAUGAAUUAAAUAGGGCAAAUAUUAAUUUAAUACGUAUUGUGCAAAAUAAUUAUUUUGCCAAAGAAAUUAGUUGUUUGAUAAACGGUAAAGAGGUGUCAAAGAAAAGUAAAUUGUUACGAUUAAGACCGUUUUUAGACGAUAAACAUUUAAUUAGAGUUGGUGGUAGACUGAAAAAUGCAUUGUCUAUUGAUGAAUGUCAACGUCAUCCUAUAGUGUUACCUGGUGAUAAGUCAGAAGCUUGCUUAAAUUCUCGACCAUUGGCUACUCUUUCCCCGGAUCCUUUACUCCUCACACCAGCACAUUUUUUAAUUGGAGAGUCGCUUAUGUCCGUGCUAGAAGCGGACAAAACCGUUAUUCAAACCAAUCGGUUAGAUCGAUGGCGUCGUGUGCGACAUUUUUCCCAAAUGUUAUGGAAGAGAUGGAGACACGAAUAUUUAGCCCAAUUACAGGAAAGGGUGAAGUGGUCAACUGCCAAGGGUCCUAAUAUUAACGUUGGCACUAUAGUUAUGUUACGCGAUGAAAAUGUAGCGUCAUUGAAUUGGAAGUUGGGUCGCGUACAGCAUGGUAAAGAUGGUGUUGUACGUUCUGCGACAAUUAAGACUACAAACGGUGAAACUAAUAGAGCGGUACGACAAUUAUGUCCGUUACCUUUUGAGGGCAAUCAAACAAUGAAUUAA